AUGUCCGCGCCCAUCGGUCCACAGGCAGCAGAAGUCACCCGCAGCUACACCCCUGUCUCUGCCGACGAAACGCCUGGGUGUUUUGACCUCAUUAUCAAGUCCUACCCAACCGGGAAGCUCUCUAGACAUGUGGCAAGUUUAGGUAUCGGGCAAACCAUGAAGAUUCGUGGACCGAAAGGGGCCUUUCGGUACACCCCAAAUAUGGUCCGUCAGAUUGGCAUGAUUGCGGGUGGCACUGGUAUUACCCCUAUGUUCCAAAUUGCCCGUGCAAUCUCCAGAGAGCGUCCCAGAGGGGACAUGACCGUCGUCAAAUUGAUCUAUGCCAAUGUCUCUUUUCAAGAUAUCCUGCUGAAGGAUGAGUUGGACGAGCUCUCUCGAAAGGAUGGCGCCUUUCAAGUGCAUUAUGUACUGAACAACCCUCCUGAAGGAUGGGACGGCGGCAUCGGCUUUGUAAGCGAAGCAAUGAUCAAGGACAAAUUGCCCGAUCCUGCCGAUGAUGUCAAGAUACUUCUUUGCGGACCGCCGCCUAUGAUCGCCGUAAUGAAGAAGUGCACCGAGUCUCUGGGAUACGCAAAGGCGCGUCCAGUUAGCAAGCUGGAAGAUCAAGUGUUCUGCUUCUAG